UUUUGUAGUGGUUACUUCUCCAAUCAACCCUUACUAGUCGCAAAGAGUUUUUCAGCUUUCAGUUUUAUUGAUUCUCUCUCUCUCUCUCUGUGACUCUUUCUUCUUCUUCUUCAUCAACAACAACAACAACAACAACAAUGGGGAAAGGUGGAUCUCUAAGCGAUGGAGUAAUGAAAAAGAUCGUAUUAUCGUACACAUACGUAGCGAUAUGGAUCUUCCUAAGUUUCACAGUAAUCGUUUACAACAAAUACAUCUUAGACAAAAAGAUGUACAAUUGGCCAUUCCCAAUUUCCCUAACUAUGAUCCACAUGUCUUUCUGUGCAACCCUAGCUAUUCUCCUCGUUCGCAUUUUCAAAUUAGUCGAACCUGUUUCAAUGUCUCGCGACGUUUACUUCUCCUCCGUCGUUCCUAUCGGUGCUCUUUACUCUCUCUCUCUAUGGCUCUCAAAUUCCGCUUACAUUUAUCUCUCUGUCUCCUUUAUUCAAAUGCUUAAAGCUCUUAUGCCUGUUGCCGUUUACUCUAUCGGCGUUCUUUUGAAAAAAGAAUCUUACAAAAACGACACCAUGUUUAACAUGUUAUCCAUUUCUCUUGGCGUUGGUGUUGCCGCAUAUGGUGAAGCUAGGUUUGAUACAUGGGGUGUUAUUCUUCAAUUAGGUGCUGUUGCUUUUGAAGCCACUAGAUUGGUUAUGAUUCAAAUCUUGCUUACAUCCAAAGGGAUUUCAUUGAAUCCUAUUACAUCUUUGUACUACGUUGCUCCUUGUUGUUUCGUUUUCUUGUCUAUUCCUUGGAUCCUUGUCGAGUAUCCAAUUUUGAAACAGACUUCCACUUUUCAAUUUGAUUUUGUUAUUUUUGGGACUAAUUCAUUGUGCGCAUUUGCUUUGAAUCUUGCUGUUUUUCUUCUUGUUGGCAAAACUUCAGCUUUGACAAUGAAUGUUGCUGGUGUUGUUAAAGAUUGGCUUCUGAUUGCGUUUUCUUGGUCUGUUAUUAAGGAUACUGUUACACCCAUUAAUUUGUUUGGGUAUGGACUUGCUUUCUUAGGCGUGGCUUAUUAUAAUCAUUCAAAGUUGCAGGCACUUAAGGCUAAAGAGGCACAGAAGAAGGUUUCACAACCUGAUGAAGAAACUGGAAGGUUGCUUGAAGAUAGAGAAGGAGAUGGAUCAGGGAAGAGAAAUGAUAAUCAGAAUUGAUUUCAAUUUUCUUUUGCUUACUUUAAUUGAAGAACAAUGACAAAAAAAGAACAACAAAGUAUUUUAGCAUAUGCAGAAAAUAAAACCACGAUGAGGAAGAGGAGAGCAAUUGGUGUUUGGAUCUUGAGGUAGUAACAAACAAGGGACUUGCAUUGCAUUGCAUCCUCUAGGGAAAUGGCUAAUUCGGUUUUUUUUGUUUCUCUAGAUGUUUAAUUUGUUAGUAUUAUUAUGAGGGAUUUGAGAUUUGAAUUUGAUGAUGGUAGAGCCAAUAAUGUUUUACUAUAGAGUAGAGUCUCAAAUCCUUUAUUUAUUAAUAAUUUUUUUCUUUUCAAAUUCACACUUUAUGUGUUUAGUUUUUAUGUUAUGUUGGUAAUGUUGUAGGGAACCUCUUACUAUUUUGAGUUUAAAGGCUUAUUUAUGCAGAAUACUGCAUUUCUAUUCGGUGUAUUUACUUGUUUCUGGUAUUGCAAAUUAUUGUCAUUCAAAGUUUAA